UCUCAGUUCCCGCCCGGCGCACGCACGUCCGCAGGAGAAAAUGGCGGCGCCCGCGAACGAAGGGGAUUCGCUGUUGGAGCCCGGCGCCGCUCCUUACGGGAACUUCCCCAACUACUCCCGCUUCCACCCCCCCGAGGGCCGCCUCCGCCUCCUGCCCGGAGGACUCCUGCGGCGGCUGUUCCCCUCAGCCACCCGCCCACUGCUGGGGCUCGACGUGGGCUGCAACUCCGGGGAGCUCAGUGUGGCUCUGUACCGGCAUCUGCUUGGCCUUCAGGAGGGCAAAGGCAGCCCGGAGCAGCCUGCAGAUGGGAGGGAUCUGCACCUCCUGUGCUGUGACAUUGAUCCGGUGCUGAUUGAGAGGGCUCAGCAGAGCAGCCCCUUCCCUAACUCCAUAUCCUUUGCCAACCUGGACAUCAUGGACCCCAGUUCCAGAGAGCCGUUCCUCAGCUCCUACCUGAGCCGUUUUGGCCGCUCCACCUUUGACAUCAGCUUUUGCAUGUCUGUGACCAUGUGGAUCCACCUGAACCAUGGGGACAGAGGCCUGGUGGAGUUCCUGGCCUACCUGUCCUCUCUGUGCAGGUACCUGCUGAUCGAACCCCAGCCCUGGAAGUGCUACCGGGCAGCAGCCCGCCGCCUGCGGAAGCUGGGCAGGAAUGACUUCGAUCACUUCCGAUCUCUUGCCAUCAACGGGGAUAUGGCAGAGAGGAUCACACAGAUCUUAACAAGGGACUGCACUAUGGAGCUGGUGUGUUGCUUUGGGAGCACCAGCUGGGACAGAAGCCUCUUGCUUUUUAAAUCAAAUGGCUCAAAUCAGGAGGGCAGGGAGCCUUCAGAGCAGCAGCAGUGACUGACACAGGGCCUCGUGUGCUCCUGAGUUUGUAGGCAAGUUACAUAGUCAGAUACAGGAAUUCCUACCUCCCUGUCGGGGUCAGACCUUGACCUCCCUGGGAAGUUUGAGGCAAAUAAUAUCUGUGCAUUGUCAUGUUUGUUUUUUUUUCUCUUCACAUCUGCAAAGUAUGGUGACAGUUCUGACCUAUCUUGUGGCUGCUGAGGUUGUUGUUCCUAGAAAGUGCUCUUGAAAUCCACGUUGCUAUAUAUGUGAUUUCUUUUCAUACCAAGAAUGUUCCCUGGAAGAAGGGAGAACAUGCCUUUUUUUGCCCACAGAGCUUUUCAAGGAAAGGGAAGGCAAAUAAACUUCUACUGACUCAUGUGAUGUGCUUUGUUCUGCUUCUUGUCGUGGUUUCUAGAUAGAAUGCUUAAGGGAAGCAUACAGACUGCUUUACCAGCCGUGAAUGAAUAAGUUGGAUCACUUCAGAGUGUGUCUGGUUGGUAUUUUGGUCAGGCUGUGUCCCAUGCACCUCUGCAGAUGGGAUUUGCCUGGAGCCUGAUUUGGAGGCUGUCAGUGGUGUGGCCUUUCUGUGGAGUGAAGGAUUUCCUUGAUAGAGCCUGUAUUCAUCUAAGUGUGCAACAAAGUGAGAGCUCUUUGUAACAAUAUCCUUAAAAUAAAAUAAAAGUAAUUUAAUUUUAUCAGCGAA